AUGGUGUCCCUGGGCCACAUAGAGGAGUUUGACAUUGCCAGGCCAUCCUCAUGGGAUUCCUAUGCAGAGAGACUACAGUUCUUUCUAGAAGCAAAUAAGGUGACAGACCCUGUGCAGAAACGUGCAGUUCUGCUGAGUGUUAUAGGCUCAAAGACUUAUGAGAUUAUUCGCUCUCUGGUAUCCCCCACUAAACCCAGUGACUGCUCAUUUGAGGAAAUUAUUAAGCAGCUUAAAAAUCAUUUUGCACCCACAACAUCUGAAACUGUUAAGAGGUUCCACUUUAACAGGCGCAGCCAGCAGUCAGGUGAGAGUAUUGCUGCCUAUAUAGCAGAGCUGCGCAGUUUGGCAGAAAACUGCAAUUUUGGCAGCAGCUUGGAAUCCUUGCUAAGGGAUCGUCUUGUGUGUGGGGUCAGGGAUGCAGCACUGCAAAGAAGGCUUCUAGCAAAGCACAACCUAACCUUUGCUUUGGCCCAGGAGGAAGCACUUGCUUAUGAGGCUGCAUCUGCACAUUCCAAGGAGAUACAGGCCUCUGCCAGUUCAGUUAUUGCACCAGAGCUGCAUCAAGUGUAUAAAAUGCCAGCAUCAGCACAGGUAUCAGAUCCAGUAAAAUUAAGGUGCCACAGUUGUGGGGGAUGUCACCUGCGUGGAAAC